AACCGCCGCCGUCCGGCGGUGUCCGCGCAGCGGUCGUUAACGGUAUUAACUGUGGCGGAAGGAAGCGCAACCGCCGCUUCGCUUGGUCGCACGCUCGGACCGGGAAACAUUCGCUCCGUCGUUGGUCUCUCUGUCUUGUUCUCUUCCCCUGGCAAGCUUUGCUCGCUCUUCUUUCGUCUCUGUCCUCGGAAACCCAAAAGCGGAAAUUGUUGGGGGGAAGUCCUCGUUCUCUGCAGCGCGCACUGAUCUCUGUUUCUUUCCCGGGAUCUAUCAGGUUCUUGUGCCAAAUGGGUGUUCUCUUGUCGUCGUGCCGGUGCUUCGGACGCGAGGGCUGCUCGGUUCGAAGGAGGAGGAAGAUGCUUUCUUGAGUAUGUUGUCGAACUUCUUCCGUGAAUACGAUUCCCGGGUUUAACCGUGAAUUGUCUGUCUGGGAAUCGUUCGUUACCAGUAAUUGCGGUUGAUAUCAUCUGGGUCAGAAUGGUGAGGAGAUGGGGUUUUUCUGGCUGAAGAAAAUAUGAUUGUUGCACCACACCACACCUGUUUGACAACCGCUCCUUCAAGAAUGUGGCAUGGGUGUAUAGUCUACAAGAGUGAUGGCAUUACCCUGCUUGCGGGGUGUUUGCAGGAGAAAUCUGCUUAAACUUGUUGACUUGCGGAGUGCAAAGUUUGUUGACGUAUGCUCGUCAUUGAAAAUAGCCGGUACACCAGAUCAGAGGAAAAUAGCUCAUGCAAUGUAUUCCGCCUUUCCAAUUUUAAAUAACGUAGCCGAUGAUGUAGGAAAAGCAACACUGGCUCAAGACUUGGCCUGUCUUAUCAAUGAAUCUUCUAUUCUGGAAGAGAGAAAGCCUAGAGGCCGCAUGGAGCUCAAAAGAUUUCUUGAACUCCGUAUAAAGAAGAGGGUUAAGAAGCAAUAUAUGAAUGGGAAGUUCCAUUUUCUCAUGGAAAAUGUUGUUGCCCACCCAGAAACUCUUGAAGAUGCUUACGGUUGCAUAAUGCUCAACUCGAAUGUUGAUGUUUCGAUGACUAAACCCAACAUGUCUUUUGUAUCCACAGCUAAGGAGCUCCAUUCAGGGAGUUUUGAUGUCAAGGCAAAUACUUACUCCAUCUCGACAAGGGGUGCAAAGAAAGAAGUUCUCAUCCUUCCAAAUUUGAAGCUGAAAGUUGUUCAAGAAGCUAUCAGGAUAGUCCUGGAAGUUGUUUAUAGGCCUCAUUUUUCCAAGAUAUCACAUGGUUGUCGAAGUGGUAGGAGUCACUCCACAGCACUAAAAUAUAUAUGCAAGGAGAUUUCAAACCCCGACUGGUGGUUUACAUUGCAUUUGAACAAGAAAAUGGAUGCUUCAAAUUUCACCCAACUUGUAUCGAUUAUGGAGGAGAAGAUUGAAGAUCCUUGCUUAUGUACCUUCAUGCUACGCAUGUUUGAGGCACAUGUGCUGAAUUUGGAGUUUGGGGGCUUCCCAAAAGGUCAUGGUCUACCACAAGAAGGUAUUUUGUCCCCUAUAUUGAUGAAUAUUUAUCUUGACCAAUUUGACUGCGAAUUUUUUAAAUUAUCAAUGAAAUAUGAAGCUCUUAGUUCUGGUUCUGAUGCUCAUCAAAGUGGAUCCCCUUCAACAUUGCGUCGUUGGUUUCAAAGACAGAUGAAAGCAAGUGAAGUAAAGAACAUUAUCAAUGGGAAAUCUGAAGCAAGCGAAGCAAAGAACAUUAUUAAUGCGAAAUCGGAUAUAAGAGUUUAUUGUUGUCGCGUUAUGGAUGAAAUAUUUUGUGCCGUUUCUGGAUCCGAAGACAUUGCCAUUAAUCUAAUGCAUGAGAUUAUAAGUUAUAUGCGGAAUACUUUGUACCUGGAAGCUAAUAGUCUAUCUGGAGUCUUACCAUGCGAUAGACCUCAUGGAAUUCGCUUUCUUGGUCUUCUCAUUACAAGAAGAGUGGAGGAAAGUCCGGCAGUGAGAGCUGUUCACAAGUUAAAAGAUAAGGUCAAGCUAUUUGCUUUGCAGAAGGAAACUGCUUGGAAUGCUGGGACAAUUCGAAUUGGACAAAAGUGGUUGGCUCAUGGCUUAAAAAAGGUUAAAGAGUCUGAAAUCAGGAAUUUGGCUGAUAAAAGUUCAGUUUUAAGCCAGAUAUCUUGCUACCGGAAAGCUGGUAUGGAAACGGAUCACUGGUACAAGCUCUUGUUGAAAAUAUGGAUGCUAAAUGUGAAUGCCAAAUCUGCAGAAAGUGAGGAGAUAAUUUUAUCUAGAUAUGUUGCUGAACCUUCUCUUCCUACAGAAUUGAUUGACAGUUUCUGUGAAUUCCAAAAGCGUGUGGAUGAGUAUGUGGCUUCUGAGACAGCUUCCACUCUUGCUCUUUUGCCCAAGUCUUCCGAUCCUGUCACUAGUACAGAGAUUAAUGCACCUGUUCAUGUCAUAGAAAAGCAUCUUUUACGAUAUGAGGUGACAAACUCAAGGGGAUAUGCUCGUUCAGCAACCCCACUUAUAUUACAAGACAGUGACAAAAUUAUUGAUUGGUUUUCAGGCAUUGUUCGCCGUUGCCUUAGAUGGUUUAGUGAGUGCAACAACUUCAAUGAGUUAAAGCUGAUAGUUUGUGAUCAUGCAAGAAAAUCUUGCAUCCGAACUCUGGCAUCCAAAUACCGGAUGCAUGAAGACAAGGUAGAAAAACGAUUUGAUGCAGAUUUAGGAAGAAUUCCCUCAACCCAAGAGUUGGAUCAAGGGGUGGCAAACGUACCAUCAGAGUCUCAGGCCUUUGAUAAUGAUGAGGCCCUAAUGUAUGGACUUCUACAUUCUGGCACCUGUUUGCUAUCUCUAGCAAGAAUAACCAGCCAGUCACGACCUUGCAACUGUUUUGUUAUGGGUUGCUCAUCUAGCGCACCAAGUGUCUACACCCUUAAUGUGAUGGAAAGGCAGAAAUUCCCAGGAUGGAAGACAGGUUUCUCCAGUUGCAUCCACCCCAGCUUGAAUAAGAGGCGGUUUGGGUUGUGUGAUAAACACUUAAGCGACUUAUAUCUGGGUCAUAUCUCUCUUCAAGCUAUCGAUUUUGGAGCAUGGAAAGUGGGUUUUCAACGAAUUGACAGGGAUAAUAUUGGAGAAGAAUAGCUAAGGGUACCACUGAAUGAUCAAGGAAGCAGGUAUUAUGCUUUGUAUUACUUAAGGUGUCAGCAAAAACUGAUUUUUCUCAUCUUGUGAGUGCGAGGAUUUUCUUUUGACUAUUACAUAAAUUAUAGUCUUUGCUCUCGGAUAUUCACUAGAGUACACAUGUUCAAGACAUUGCUAGCACUUGUUAAGUGUAACUACCUGUUGCUUGCCCUACACUCACUACCAAAUACUUUCUAUUUUCGUCAGCCUUUAAUGCGUUGGUUGUCUGAGAUCAGGAUAGAAAUGUGAUUGCAGCAAGAUUCUUUUUUCGCAUGUGUUAGAACCUCCCAAGUAUGUAGACCAUUUCUGUCCAGAGUGAGGAUGAUUGCCUUGCGGUAAUGCUUGUUAAGUCUCUUCCACCGUUAGAUUCUUGUAUCAUUACAAAAUUUAGUGGAGGAAGAAAACAAUUAUACUCAUCCAUCCGGGUGUUGUUUCCAGCAUGCAAGAGACAGCUACAACAUCCUAGAUGAACCUGACAAACUUUGGAAGGUGAUUGUUCUGCCAUAUAGAUUUUCUUGACACUCAGAUUUUGCAUAUUACUCUGGCAUAUAGAUAGUUGAGAUGCAACUAUAAAAUAUAAAUGUGGCAUUUGUAAGGUACAGUAGUGUAUUGUACAACAAUUUUUUUAUAGAACUUUUUCACUUGAUUAAGGCAACACGUCUUGACAUUGUAAAAAAAACUUUAUGACAUGUUACAAAGGCUUUUUUAUUUAUGGAGUCUCAUAAAGUUGUAUGGUACAGUGAGUGAACUAUAGAAGAAUGUGUGAACAAUCGGUUUAUCCUCAAUUUUGUGUCGGAGCAUUCUAGUUGCAUCUCCAUUUCAGCAUACUGUGCUUAUAAUCAUGUUUACUAUCUCGGUUUUUGUUUGAGACUACAUCUCUCCCACUUUUAAAAAGUUAUGUUCAUAUGGGGUACAGAAACACAGAGAAGCUGUAGAGAAGGCGCCUUCAAGCUUUCAAUCCUCUCUGCAUUUCUCUGUGCCUGUGCACGCACAUCUUCUGUCAGAGAUUCAUCCUUUUCCUGUAAUCAGUGACAACCAUUUACCACUUGAUGACAUGACUAGCAAAAGCCCCGAGAUACUUCACUAGUUGAUGGAGCAAUCUACAUGCACGGGAUAUUUUGAGGAAGUAUUGGAUCGUGCGCUUAACAUGUUCUACCCUCGCCAUAUACUCAUCGGCGUCAUCACACUCGCACUCUAUCUAGAUUCUCGAGAACUAAAUCAAUCUGUUGUUAUUCACGAGUCUUUCUGAUCGUUUCCAGACAAUCACAGACGAUUGAGGUGCUGUCACACAUG